CAUUUUCAAAAAACAAAAAAAAAAAACAAAAAACAAAAAACAAAACCAAAUAGUCUCUUCAGUCACUUUUUCCGUCACUUUCCAGGGGAAAAAAAAAAAAAAAAUGUCAGCCGGACUGGGAAAAUGCAGCAAAAUCCGCCACAUUGUGAGGCUCCGCCAAAUGCUGAGACGGUGGCGCAACAAGGCACGGCUUUCAGCCAAUCGCAUACCGUCGGAUGUGCCGGCGGGACACGUGGCGGUCUGCGUGGGCAGCAGUUGCAGGAGAUUCGUGGUGCGCGCGACGCACCUGAACCACCCCAUCUUCAAAAAGCUCCUGGUCCAAGCCGAAGAGGAGUACGGGUUCAACAACCAAGGCCCGCUGGCGAUUCCGUGCGACGAGUCGCUAUUCGAGGAAGUGCUCCGAUUCAUUUCGCGAUCCGAGUCGGGUAAGAACGGCAACAACCCGACCCGCUUCGUGAAUCUCGAGGAUUUUCAGAGGUACUGCCACGUGGGCAUCCGUAACAACCUUGACUUCUGGCCUGAAUCUCGACCGUUGCUUCAUGGGAUCGCCGACAAAACUAUCUGGUAACGCUUUUCGGAUAAAUUUAUAUUUGAAAAAAAAAUAUAAUAAUAAGGAAAACGCUUUGUUUCUGACCCGGGUGUGACUCAGUCCGAGUUAGCUCGCCUCCACGGAAGAAAAAAAAAAAAAAAA